CAUUGCGCCACCUUACAAAGUAAUCAAAAUUAGUAAAUAUAAAACGGCCGAACAAAAUGAGUGGCCGAAACCGGGGAAAAGGAAAGAGAAGCGCAGGACUCUAUCGCAAUGUCAAAGUGAAUCACAAUUGCGAUCGCAACUUUGCCCAGCAGGCCAACGAAUUGGCCAGAAGCACCGAAGGCGACAGCUCGGAUUCGGAAUCCUCGGGAGGGGGUGCCAUGGAUGAUCUCGGCCAGCCGCCGGAGUUUGCGGUGGCCAUGUGGGACCUCAACCACUGCGAUCCAAAGAAGUGCUCGGGCAGGAAAUUGGCGCGCCUGGGACUGAUUUCAAACCUCCGACUGGGCCAGAAGUUUCCCGGACUUGUCCUUUCGCCCGUCGGGCAGUUGUGUGUCAGUCCCCUGGAUCGAGAUGUGGUGUCCUCUUCGGGCGUGGCUGUGAUCGAUUGCUCGUGGGCCAAGCUGGACGAAACUCCCUUUGGAAGAAUGCGUAGCCCACAUCCCCGACUGCUUCCCUUCCUGGUUGCCGCCAAUCCCAUCAACUACGGCAAGCCCUGUAAACUCAGCUGCGUCGAAGCCAUCGCCGCCACUUUGUACAUCUGUGGGUUCCCGGAGGAGGCCCGCUGGUUUCUGGGCAAGUUUUCCUGGGGUCACGCCUUCCUGGAACUAAAUGAAAAGCUCCUUAACGCGUAUGCAUCCUGCAAGAGCAGCGAUGAGAUUGUCAAAGUGCAGAACGAGUACCUGGAGCAGGAGCAGCAGGAAAAGAAUAAGCCCAGGGAUCUGAGAGACUUUUAUCCUACCAGCAGCAGCAGUAGUAGCGAGGCCGAAAGUGAGGACGAUGAUGAAGAGGCAAAAACGAAGCCGAAUAACUAAUUUUUACAAGGUGCUGACAUUUUAUUGCAUUACCAUUAGCUUAUUACAAAACA